GACGACGUAUCAUGGCGAGUAAGUUGCUUUUAUUAGCCCAGAAAUCUCUCUUCUUCCUUAGUACAGGUCACUAAAACACAUAACUUUGCCUUGCUCAGAAAGUUUCAGAGAGCGGAGACGCAAGUAAGCAGUGAAGAAAUCAACAAUGGAGGCGCCCAAGACCAUAGCCCACGAGAUCGGAGGACUUCAAAACGAUGCUCUUCGCUUCGGCCUUAAUGGCGUCAAGAGCGACAUCGUUGGAUCUCAUCCCAUCGAGACGGCUUGCCAAUCUGCGAUAAAAAGACAAGAGGAUAUAAACAGGAAAAUUCUGGCCAACACAUAUGGGAGUGCUUUUUCCUUGAAAAUGGACCUUGACAGGCAAAUUCUUUCACGAUUUCAGAGGCCUCCAGGAGUAAUUCCCUCUUCAAUGCUGGGUUUUGAGGCAAUUACUGGAGCUUUGGAUGACUUUUGCUUUGAGGAUUAUCUAAAUGAUCCACGUGAAUCCGAAACCUUCCGACCAGUAGAUAUGCAUCACGGGAUGGAAGUUCGCCUGGGGCUGUCAAAGGGUCCUGUCUGCCCAAGCUUUAUGUAAUGUUUUACUUUGUUAAUGCAUUUGAAUGGAAUCCAGUCAGGCUAGGCAGCUUUUUUUAAUGUUUUUCUUAUGGAUCUAUCAUUAAUCCGUUAAGGUUUUCUCGUCUCUUUCAUCUAAACAUGUAUUCUUCUAAUGAUGAAACAUCUUUGUGUUAUUGCUGAUUUGUCUUUGGAUAUAAACUACAAAUAGUCUUGGUGGUGGUAUAUUAAUAUAUAUGCACUUUGGAUGUGGUUAAAGCCUUGAAAAAGGAAAAAGAAACUUGACACUCUUUUGUUGAA